AAGCACAAGUUACUUCACUACUUGGGCUGGAGCCACGGGGGAAUCCCUGACCGUGACGCAGGCAAAGGAAGGGCCUUGCAGUUCUGGGAUGCCCCGCAGUUUUGCAAGUGAGCUGCUAGAACAGUUGUAGGGCUUGUUUUCAAUCCGUGCGUGACGCCGGGAUCUGCAACAGCCGGAAUGUUCCAUCUUGUUACUUGUCUGCCUGGAUAGUAGCAUGCAUUCGCAUCCUGCAACAUGCUCAUGCGUCUGUCAAACCUGAUGCAAUGGCAUUUUAUAGUAUGAAAGACCUGGCACAUUGCCCAAUAUAUCAAAUCAGUGUUCCUCCGGUUCGAGCAGACUUGUUACGCACUUUGCACAAGAACAUCCUUGCAUACGGUUUUUGUAGACGGUCAACCUGGUCUCGUAUCUCUACUUGUGGUUCCACUGGCAGCCUCACAUCCAUCUCUUUCAUCAAGACAAGUGAAAAGUCUGCAUCUCAAGAAUAGGACCGCUUCCGUUUCUCCUCCAGGAAAAUCACCAUCGCCCUCAGCAAUCUCCAAUCAGCUGCGAGCCACUGGGCGUGAUUCGCAAUUGCUUUCUGUGGACAGAAAGGUCGACCAUCAUCUCCAGACGAAGCCUCAACUGGUGCUCCCUCAGUGGGGGAGGGAGGGGAAACUAGGCACUUACUUAAACACUGUGCCGCUCGCCACAGAAAUGAAGCUGCAGGCCGUCAUGGAGAACCUGCACAGGCAGCAAAGGGCCAAGCUGUUGAUGGAGCAGCAGCUUCAGCAGCAAGCAGCUGUCCAGCACUCUCACGUCCGCCCAGGUGGGGUAGCGGGGGAUGACUCGAUAAGCAGCCCGGCCCCUGAGACGGAGCAAGCCCAGUUGGUGGCCCUGGCAGCCAUGCGCGCUGCGGCGGCCGGGUUACAGAGGGUGUCGGACAGCCACAUGUCGGAGCGCAGCAGCGGCAGUGAGGAGGAAGCUGACGAUGACGACAACGAACGAGAGGAACAAUACAAAGACAUGAUGGGGUCGGAUGAAGAGGAACAGAUCAAACAAAAGUGGGAUGAGGAGGACUUUGAAGGCGAGAUGGAAGAAGACUUUGACGAUGACCUCGCGGAGGAAGGUCUGCCCACAGGCCACAAUGCACUGGUGCCUGGGAAAGGCAUCCUCCUGCUGCCUCACCGCCAGCUCCACCCUCACUCGCAGCUGCUGAAGGCUCGGCCCAGUGUUGACCAAGAGCCCCGCAUAGCCAACUUGCCUCCCCACGCCACACACAGCCAUCUGGGCCAAGACCACGGAGAAUGGACCUACGAGGAACAGUUCAGACAACUGUAUGAAUUGGAUGGAGACCCAAAGAGGAAAGAGUUUCUUGAUGACCUCUUCAGCUUCAUGCAGAAAAGGGGAACCCCUGUGAAUCGUAUUCCCAUCAUGGCCAAGCAGGUCCUGGAUCUGUACAUGCUCUACAGGCUGGUGACGGAGAAGGGGGGCCUGGUGGAGGUCAUCAACAAGAAACUGUGGAGGGAGAUCACCAAGGGACUUAAUCUGCCUACCUCAAUCACCAGUGCAGCCUUCACCCUCCGCACACAAUACAUGAAGUACCUGUACCCAUAUGAAUGUGACAAGAGGGGUCUGAGCAACCCCAACGAACUCCAGGCCGCCAUCGACAGCAAUCGACGGGAAGGCAGACGACAGAGCUUCGGCGGCUCCCUCUUCACAUACUCCCCCAACGGGACACCCACCAUGCUGUCUUCGCCAAAGCUCUCCACAGCCACCAUGGGUUUGACUGUAGCCACCAAUGGGGCCUCACUCACCCCCAUCCAGAAGAUCAAGAAGGAAGAAGAGGGCGGCCAGCCUUUCCAUGGAGUCGGUGUGCCUCGCAUGCCAGUGGGAGCCCUGGCGAGUCACUCGGUGGCUGCCGCCGCGGCAGCCCAGGCGGCGAUGGCAGCUCAGGUUGCGGCGUUGGAACAGCUGAGGGACAAACUGGAGGCCGGAGAGCCGCCCGAGAAGAAGAUGGCACUGCCAGCAGAGGAGCAUCAACGACUCCUGCAGAGAGCACUGCAACACAACUUGCUGGCCAUGACAGCCCAGAUACCAAUGAACAUCCGCAUCAACCAACAAGACGGCAGGCAGGACUCUGCCAUGAACCUCACGACCAACGGUACAAACAGCAUAAGCAUGUCAGUCGAGCUCAACGGAGUCGUGUACACUGGUGUCCUUUUUGCUCAGGCAGCAGCUGGGUCAGCCCCAUCAGGGGCGUCCCUCUCCAGCAAGCCUGUCGGCAGUCGUGUCUCUCCUCAUUUGCAGCAGCAGACCACACCUACCUCAACCUCCAGCAACCCAGUGUCUUAACAAACCUUCAGCUUCCCCCCCAGCCCCCUUUUUUAAACCAAGCUACAUAAAGCCAAAAAAACCCCAACAACAAAAAAACACAACAACCUCAUUUUCUAUAUAGUCUACGCCAAAAAGAGAAAGCAAACACAAAGACACAAACUAACGCAAUCACUUGAAAUACACUCUCAGGUUCUGUCAUCAACUCACCUCUUUUGUUCUUCAUAUAGCCACAAUGAUUUUGGAGGAAAAUAUCCCAACAGAGAGCCAGUAUAUGUUAAACAAAACAAAAUGUAUGUACAUCCUGUGAAUUAUUUAUUUCUGCAUACAUGUUCAGCUUCUGGAAGAACAAAAGAGAAGUGAAUAAGCAGGGAGGGCUAAUGCACUGUUUACACUUAACAAACACAGCUACUGACUGACAGCAAGGUUUCAUCCUCUCGGGGAGAGAUUCUUUUUGUUUGACCUUUUACUUGUUGUUUAUUGUUAUUUUGACCUUCGUGAUAGUGUUUUAUCUUGAAAUCUUGAUCAAUUCUAUCACUGCAGGAAAACAUUGAUAUAUUUAGAAUUCUAUCAAAAGAGUACAAAAUAUCCUCUAUUUUUAAUCAGAAAGGCCUGAAAAGUACAUGCCGUUUCUGUGAGCUACUUGUGUGCAAACCGGAUACCUGAUGAACACAGCAGCCGUUGUAGAGCAGUCUUGAUGAACGUAUUUGGCGACCAGAUGACGCGAUAGCUCAACAUCCCUGCUGGACUCAUGCAUUGUCCUCUUUUUUCCCCGCCGCAAGGCCAGUUCCACGAUCGACCAAUGUCAAAGCUAGCUCGGCAUGCUUCGCCAUUCUCAACUUCUGCUUUUGCUGCACUUCAGCAUGCUUCGGCGUUGAUGGCAUCCUCGUGACGGUCUUGCCAGCUUCACGCCGUGAAUGAUACUCAGAUCGCUCUCAGGAGUCCACAUAACUGCAAUGCUUUCGACGUCUGUGCAGGAAGAUCAAUUUGUAUCUUGAUUUCCUGUUCUUAACUCGUUUUUCUCGUGAGGUGAUUGUCUUAAGGUCAGAUGCAUGCCUGUGUUUGUGGAUCAAGCCUGAAGGGAAACGGAUUUCCUUUCAGGAGUUCACAGGACCUGUCUAUCCACUUGAUCGUUGUUGUCGUGAAGACCCUCGUUCGGACAAUCAGGUGUCAGGAGGCGUGCUCACUGCGUCUCCGAGGACCUGAUGUAGUUGAAUUUAUAUCUGGCGCUUUCUUGUUGUGUUUUUGUGUUAUAGAUGUCAGAUACGUAUAAAUAUAUAGAUAUAUUUUGUGUGCGUUUUGUUAAGCAGGACUUUGUGCGUCUCAUCUAAGUGCUUCUUACCCUUAUCCUGCUGUUUGGAGGACCAGGUCAUCCUCAGAUUUCCGAGAUUAAUCAUUUAACUUUUGUUACCUCUGCAGUGGUUGUCAACUGCCGGCCACACGACGCCAAACAACCUCAUUCCUCCCGAAGAUCGGGUGUGAACCAUGCUUUGCUGAUAGGUUCUUUUUCAGAGGCCUUGAACAGUCCGAGAUGACCAUUUGUCACUUUUUUUUCUGUUCUGGGCAAAUAUUAUCAGCUGCUCUCGCUUUGAUCAGAGCCUUGCUUUUCUGCCUCGGGCCACCACCGGCUGCUAGACAAACAUGUCUGAGAGAACGCUGUGCCGCUCACGCUGUGAUUGAACUGUAUAAUCUCACUUCCCCGGUUGUACAAAAUGGAAUUCACACAGGAGUAUUAUGGACCUACUAAAGAGGGAGGGAAAAAAAGAAUACUGUAAUGUGAGGAUAAGGUGAUAUGAUUACGAGAGCAAUGUCAAAGUAUGAUGGGGAAAAAAAAUAACAUUGGAGAGGUUCUGGUUCAAAUCUCGGCUGAGUCCCCGUGUGGAGUUUUGUAUGUUUCUCCCUGUGUUUGCCUGACUUUUCUAAAUGCAUUCACAUUCCAAAAGCACACUUGUUAGGUUAAUUGCAGAUUCCGUCGAUUCAUCCGUCGGUGUUAAAGUGAGUGUGGAUGGUUGUUUGUCGACACGUGCGAGCUGUCCACGGUGUACCACGCCUCUCUCAGCCAAAUACACUUGGACGAGGCUUAAGCUCUCUCGCGAUCCUAAUAAGGAGAAGUGCUCUAGAAAAUGGAUGGAGCCUUUCGCUAUUUUACAGACUGUUACAUUGACAUAUGUGCUUUUGUAAUUGAGUAACGUUGCUCUUGUAAUAUUCCAACUUUAUUCUUGUCACUUUCCAAUUUUGUAAAGGUUUUUCUUUUUUUUUUCCUUUUGAAUGUUGCCAUAGUAGUCCUUCAUGGGAAUAUAAUAGGAAAGCUCUGGCCCCCCCUUUCCACAAAUGGGCGCCGUGUCAAGUCAUUGCCAAACCAGAUGUGAGCAAGAGUAGCAAAAUGCACAGCUGCUCCGUGGUGACAUAGUAGGUCAUAUAUUGUCUUUUGAAGCGUCACAUUUCAUGAGGUACCACCUGCUACUACAAGCCAACAACGGAUUGAACCGGUGCCAUCACCCCCGUGUUCCAAGUGCUAACUGGGAACAGUGUUUGGGGGGGGGGUGGUGUAUAACCCCUCCAGGAAGAAAGUGAAACUUUUUUUUUUUUUAAUUUUCUUACCUCCAUAUGAUACCUUCAGAACCUGAAGUUGGGUUAAAAUAAUGCGAUCAGCAGCAUUGUACGGACUGUUACAUUUAACAGUCGGUAUCAGUUUCUCCAAAUAUACAUUAUUAGCAACCGCACAUAUAGGUGCAUAAUACAACACAGCGGACUUUUUAUUGUCACAUCAAGUCUGCAUGAUACCCGGUGGUUCAACGGUGUAGUCAGAAGUCUUUCCACGCUUCAAAUAGUACUCGUGAAGAUAUGACAUUGUAUGAUGAUUGGUGGCGGCUUCGGGAUCAGAUUCUCAGAGUCGAUUCUGUGAAAGCGAAGCAACAAGGAUGGAUAGUGCCUUCUAACUGUGGACAAUAGUACAGAUGCAUUCCAAAGCUGUGCUAAUAUUUAUACAAAGCAUUACUAAAUACAUGACUCAAACAUUGUGUUAAUAACAAACUUCCAUAUUUGUUUGCGGACUAACUAUGAAUACCCUACUGGGCUUUUCUUAUGUUGUGGAAACUAUUGCUAUAAGUUCUGCAUAUGACACGAAGAAGAACUUUAUAUUACAUUGGGGAAUGCUUUGGCCUUUUUUUUUCUUUCUUAAGUAGCAGAUGUCAGAUAUGCUGUAAAAGAGCUGACAAUCAAAUCAAGGCGCUCUAGUAAAAAGCAGCUGUUUGGGGGAGGGACGCUGAAGAGAACGAAAUUCAAUCAAUCUUGAGCGAAAGGAUCAACAUUGCAUUUUUUUUUAACACAUUUGUCUCCAUGACCUUUUGCCCCCUUGGCAACAUUCAAACACCCCCACCACCCCCCCCCCUCUUCUCUCCUGUAUGGAUCUGUGUUUGUUCGACCAGUACUGUGAGAUAUUUGCGUUUGAACAGUUGCUGUCUUUUUCUGCCCCUCUCAAACAACUGCAUUUCAACCUGAGGUUGCCGUGUUUUUUCUGUUUGUUUGGUUUUUUUCAUUGUGUGCCGGUGACAAUCAGGAGAUAUUGUGAAAACACUGUGUACCUCCAGACACUCUUGAACAUCCCUUCAGCCACUGUUUCGACGCCUUUCUACCUCAAUGACUUUGACACGCUGGGGGGGUAAAAAAAACCCUGGAUGAUCAUGAUAUUGAUUACGUUAGCCCUCCACUAAUGACCUCGGACAAUCAGAUAUCAGCUAAUUGGGACUUUCUCUCUUGAUUUGUUGCUAUUGCCUUGUGGAAAGUAAAGGAAGGUUGUGGUAAGAGCGUCCCGUCGUGGAAAGGUUUUGUAGUUGAACCCUCCAAGUGGUUGAAUAUCUUUACAGUGUUUUCUUUGUUUGGAUUCAAAAACGUUGGAAGGAGCAUUGAAAGUGUUGAUCUCAGAUGUGUUAAGAUUGACACUGAAAUGGUCACACUUCAUUCUUGCUUUUUCCCCAUAGCUCUUGUCAAGCAGGAUCCUCCAUGUAAAAUGCAAUUUUUUUCGGGGAAAAAGUCUUAACUCAGCAAAGAAUUUUUAUUUCAAUUUUUUUUUCCCUUCUUCUUUUGUUAUUAAUGCAGUUCAUUUGGAUUGAAUGCAGUCUCUAGUGCAUCUACACGUUUGUGUAGAUUGGACAAUUUCACUUUAUCCACAUGCUCGCUGUGUAUAAAAAUAUCAUACUUAAAGAACUUGAACUAUUGCUGCUGUCAAUCCCUUCAUGGCCCAUUCAUCACCAUUUUUAUGGGUGUGAAUGCUACCGGAACAUCAACGCUGCCUCCGUCUCGGAUUAGGUGGACUGCAGACAAUGAAGAUGACAAAGUAACAAGAUGCCUUCUGCUGUGACAAUUGUAUGAAUCAACAUGUAUUACUAAGAUUCAUGGAGUAGAAUAUUUCUGAAAUAUGGCUUUUUAGGGCUAUGAAUUAUAUCACGUACGUUUGUUUUUGCUAUUUCUUUGCUUGUUUUCUUAAUGCUGUUGCAAACCAGCACGCAGAGAUUACAUUUGAGAGCAGAUUUAUUACCUUAAAAAUGAUGAUGAUAUUGGAAGAGAAUGAUAAUAAUGUGACGAUUUUAGAGGAGCUGGUGUGCUCCUCAAGUCUUCGGCUAACUUUAGAACUUCGGGAAGCGAGGCGUUGUGCCUUGUCUCUGAAAACUUCUCAGGAAAAUCUACCUCUACCUCCAUUUGGAUGUAUUCACCCCAGUUGGGUGUCAAGUUCCAUUUUAGUGGGUGCACAGAGAGGGCGUGUUACAGCCCAACUUCUGCUGCUGAUGCAAUAGCAGAGAUCCCACUGCUCAACAGUACUGCUUCUAGAGUACCACUGUUAGCACCACAAGUAGUCUUCAGUACGUUCACUCAAUAUGUGCUUAUUCCUUCUUUAUCUUUAGGCUACAAACAUGAUUUUAAUGAAUGGGAUGUGUCCUAAUAACCUUGGUAACAGUGCUGUGGGAAGGCAAUGCAGCAUUUUUGUUUUCUCUCUCUUUUUUGAAUGGUGAAAAGUUAUUCUUGCCUAUUUACUCAAUAUGUGUUUGUGUGAAUACUUUAAAUUUGAAUUUGAAAUUAAUAAAAUAUCAGCUUUCUUAAAUGUCA